GCACCUAAAAACAAAAACAUCAAAACAUAAUUCCGCCUAAAUUACAAUUAGACAUAAUAUUUAUUUUGUAAAAAAAAUUAAAACAUUUAAAUUAAUUUUAAGGAGGGAAAAAUGAUUAUUACUAGUAGUAGAUAGUAAAAAAAAAGCGUGCGAAAAAAAUGAUAAAGUAUUAGAAAAAGCGAGGGAAAAAAAGUAACUAGAGAUGGUAGCCAUUAUUAUUAUUAUUAUUAGAAAAAGAAAAAAGAAAUGAAGAAACAGAGAAACACUUCUCUACUCAACCAUUUCUUCUUCUUCUUCUUCUUCCUCUCUCUUUCUCUCUCCUAGGGUUACACUUUUAGAGAGAGAAAAUGGACUGAGAAUUCAUAACUCUCUCUCUCUCUAGUUUAUCUUCUUCACACAAUUCAGUUUCGUUGCAAUGGAAGACAAGGAUUCGGUUGCUAAAAUGAUGGACUCUACAUCUUCAAAGAUACAACAGCUGCAAAAGGCUUUUGCUGAGCUUGAAAGUUACCGAGCUGUUACUCUUAACAUGAAAUGGAAAGAUCUAGAGGAACAUUUUCAGGGGCUAGAGAAAUCGUUGAAGAGGCGCUUUCGUGAACUGGAAGACCAAGAAAAAUUGUUUGAAAUCAAAACAAGGCAAUCUCGUGAAAUGUUGGAGAAACAGGAAGCAGCUGUUUUUGCUAAGGAGCAAGCCUCGCUGCAGAGGAUUCAAAAGAAAAGAGAUGCUUCUGUAUUCAGCAUUGUAAAUGCUCGAAAAAAGCAAAGGAAGGUUUCAUCGAAGGGUUUUGUCUUUAAUGAGAGUCUAGGGACACCAGUUGUAGAAGAGAAACCUUUAGAUGCUGCAUCCACUGGGGCUGAAUGCAACAUAGAAAACGUGCAACUUUCUCCUGAAAAUGUGGACUUGAUGUCUUAUCCAGAGUUGGUAAAGCUAUGCAAAGAGUUGGAUGCUGCUGGACUUCACAAAUUUAUAUCUGACAACCGCAAGAACCUUGCUGCUGUAAGGGAGGAAAUACCGCUUGCGUUAAGAGCUGCUCCUAAUGCUGCCUCUCUAGUUUUAGAUUCGUUGGAAGGAUUUUAUUGCACAGAAGUGUCAAGUCAGGAUAUAAAGAAAGAUGCUAACUUGUUGGGUCUUCGCCGAACCAGUAUCAUGCUGUUGGAAUGUCUAAGUGACUUCCUGACCAAUUUGGGUUCUGUUUCGAAUGUGAUUUCCGAAGAUAUCAAGGAUAGGGCAAAGGCAGUUGCUGAAGAGUGGAAACCGAGAUUGGAUGCUCUUGAUAUUGAUGCUAGCAAUGGGAAUUCCUUGGAGGCUCAUGCAUUUUUGCAACUUCUAGCCAGUUUUGGUAUUGCCUCUGAUUUUAAUGAGGAGGAGUUAUCCAGGCUGAUUCCAAUGGUGUCUAGGCGUCGCCAAACUGCUGAUUUAUGCCGGUGCCUUGGGUUGUCGGAGAAGAUGCCUGGUGUGAUUGAAGUUUUGGUAAACAAUGGGCGGCAAAUUGAUGCUGUUAACUUGGCUUUUGCAUUUAAUCUUACUGAACAGUUUUCACCCAUUCCUUUGCUGAAGUCUUACCUGAAUGAUGCUAAGAAAGCUUUUUCUCCAGUCAAGAGUGUUAACUCUUCUCCCACUGCACAGACUGAGGUUAAUGAAAGGGAGCUGUUUGCCCUCAAGGCCAUACUGAAGUGCAUUGAAGAACAUAAACUUGACGAGCAGUAUCCUAUGGAUCCUCUUCAGAAACGAGUGAUCCAACUUGAGAAGGCCAAGACUGACAAGAAGAGGGAAACUGAAGCGACAAAACCUCAACCCAAGAGACCCUGUGCUAAUGGCGUGGGAUAUGGUCCUCGUGUCACUAACAAUCCCUCUGACAGAACUCCAUAUGUUAGAGUUGUUGACAGGUACCCACAAUAUAUGUAUGACCGACCUUACUUGUACCAUGGACCAACUGAAAAUCACUGCACCCCUUUCGUGGGUUCUGCAAACUAUAACAUCUCUCCUAAUCCUGGAACUUACUUUGGAAAUGGCUACCAAUAUCAGGCACCCCAAUAUCAAGCUACAUAUCUUCACUAAUUAGCAGAGAUGGUAAACAGAUAACUAUGGUCCCUUUAAUAUUUAGUCUUAAGUCUUAACCCUUAAGCUGUUGUACUUGUAUGACUUGUAUGUUGUACUUUAUAAAUGUAGUCUUCAAGAACCCCUUAAACAGGUUAAAUGUCAUGUUAAAAUUUAACUUUGGUGCUAGAAGAUAUUCUUAUCUUCUAAUGCAUCCACUCUGUUCUCGUUUUGUACAAGCUUACUUUGCUGUCUUUGUAGUAUACUUUUCCUCUUUAA